UCAGGGAAAAUUCAGGGUUACAAUUUGAGUUGAAGGCACUGGCUUCAAACACGAGAUUCCACGCUUAUAUUAUAGCAGCAAUAAAGGCAAGGAUACAAGUAGCUACACGAUUCAACACAGGAGACAGAGCUACAAUUAAACCCACAUGGGAAACAGACAGGACUGAUAUGCCAGAGGAGAAGAUGAACAUGGGCAGGAUCCUAUGGGAUUGUUGA